CUCAAUAUAAAUCUGUUACUGUGAAACAAACUCCAGACAUGGAGUCAGUCAACCUGGGUGAUACAAUGACUCUGCAGUGUUCACUCCUCUCCAAGAACAAGAAUGACACAGAUCAGUGUCCAGGGGAAGACAAAGUGCACUGGUUCAAAGGUGGAUCAGAAUCCCACCCAGACGUCAUUUACCACGGCAAUGUCAGAAAUAAAGAGGAUGGGAGAUGUGACUACAGUCUGUCCAAAACUAUAACAAACUCAUCUGAUGCUGGGACCUACUACUGUGCUGUUGUCACAUGCAGCGAGAUCCUGUUUGGUGAAGGAACAAAAGUGGUGACAAAUGAGUUCCCGCUCAGUGCUGUGCUUGUGACACUGCUGAUCUUCUCUGUGCUUGUAAAUUUUGGUCUGAUUCUCUCCAGAAAACAGAAGCCAACUUGUGAACAGUCCAAAGGAGGAGAAACCGUAUCCACUCAGCCUCCAAUCAAUGAACAGGAUAGAUCAACUGCAGAUCAACUGAGUAAUGUGGAGGGUGAAGAAGUAGGAGUAAACUAUGCGGCGCUGGACUUCUCCUCAAGAAAAGUUAAAAAAUGGAAGAAUAAGCGGGAGCUACCACAUAACAGCAUAUAUUCUGGCAUGAUAGACUACCAGUAGAAGGCUCUCCUCAACAAGAAUGAAUAUUUAACAGUUUUCUUGCUAAUAUAUUAUUGUUAGUAGCACUGCAAAAUGGAUUAGGCUAGAGAUGGGACAUGUGUUUUGUAAUGCUGGCUAUUUAAAUCAAAAAUAUAUAUGUUAAGAUUAUGUGGAUCUUUAUAUUAUGUACUAUCAGAUUUGAGUUGAGUAACAUAUCAAACUGAAAUAAAUAUCAAUCAUAAUUUAGUGUC